AAAGCUCUCUCCCUCUCUCUCUCUCUCUUCAUUUUCCCACUGUCUCACUCUCCCCCCACCCUCCCCGCUCCCAAAACCAAUACCUCGGCUAAAUUUUGCGGCACCACGGUGCGUCUGUCAGAUCUGAUCCUCCAGCCGCGAGAUCCGCCUCCCGAAAACCCUAAUUAUCCACUCUACCGCCAUGGAGGAGGCGUUGGAGAUGGCUCGUGCGAAGGACACCAAGGAGAGGAUGGCCGGCGUGGAGCACCUCCACCAACUUCUGGAAGCUUCCAGGAAGAGCCUAUCGUCGUCGGAUGUCACCUCGCUGGUCGACGUCUGCUUGGAUCUCUUGAAGGACAACAAUUUUAGGGUUUCUCAGGGGGCUUUGCAGGCAUUGGCCUCCGCCGCCGUGCUCUCCGGGGACCACCUCAAGCUUCACUUCAAUGCGCUUGUGCCUGCCGUUGUUGAGCGAUUGGGCGAUGGCAAGCAGCCAGUUCGCGACGCUGCCCGCCGCCUUUUGCUCACUCUCAUGGAGGUUUCUUCUCCUACUAUAAUUGUUGAAAGGGCAGGGUCUUUUGCCUGGACACACAAAAGCUGGAGAGUACGAGAAGAGUUUGCACGGACUGUAACAUCUGCAAUUGGUCUUUUUGCAUCUACCGAGCUUCCUCUUCAGCGGGCUAUUCUACCUCCAAUUUUGCAAAUGUUGAAUGAUUCAAAUCAUGGUGUUAGAGAAGCAGCUAUAUUGUGCAUUGAGGAGAUGUAUACACAGGCUGGAUCUCAGUUCCGUGAUGAACUUCAGCGGCAUCACCUUCCUACUUCUCUGGUAAAAGACAUUAAUGCCAGGCUAGAGAGGAUUGAACCGAAGAUUCGAUCAUCAGAUGGAAUUUUGGGUAAUUUUGUAACUGGUGAUAUGAAGCCUGCCAGUAUUAACCCAAAGAAAAGCAGUCCAAAAGCCAAGAGUUCCACUCGUGAGAUUUCUCUCUUUGGAGGGGAGAGCGAUAUAACUGAGAAACCUAUAGAACCUGUCAAAGUUUAUUCAGAAAAGGAACUUGUUAGGGAAUUUGAGAAGAUUGCUUCAACUCUUGUGCCAGAAAAAGAUUGGCCUGUCCGCAUUGCCGCCAUGCAGAGAGUUGAGGGUCUGGUUUAUGGAGGUGCUGCUGACUACCCUUGUUUCCGUGGACUUCUAAAGCAACUUGUUGGCCCAUUAAGCACACAGUUGUCAGAUCGAAGGUCUAGCAUAGUAAAGCAGGCUUGCCAUCUGUUGAGCUUUCUAUCAAAGGAGCUCCUGGGAGAUUUUGAGACGUGUGCUGAGAUGUUCAUUCCAGUCCUUUUCAAGCUUGUUGUGAUAACCGUACUUGUAAUUGCAGAGUCUGCAGAUAACUGUAUAAAAACGAUGUUGCGUAACUGCAAAGUUGCCCGUGUGCUUAUUCGAAUAGCUGAUUGUGCAAAGAAUGACCGUAGUGCGGUUCUCCGUGCAAGGUGCUGUGAAUAUGCGCUUCUGAUACUAGAAUAUUGGGCAGAUGCACCAGAAAUACAGCGAUCAGCUGACUUGUAUGAAGAUCUUAUAAAGUGUUGUGUCGGGGAUGCAAUGAGUGAGGUACGAUCAACUGCAAGAACUUGCUACAGAAUGUUUGCAAGGACCUGGCCAGAGCGUUCACGGCGCUUGUUUUCAUCCUUUGAUCCAGUUAUUCAAAGGAUAAUAAAUGACGAGGAUGGUGGGAUACAUAGACGACAUGCUUCUCCUUCUCUUCGUGAGAGAAGUACACAUUUGUCAUUUACUCCUCAAGCAUCCGCCCCUUCAAGUUUACCUGGGUAUGGAACUUCUGCAAUUGUUGCAAUGGACAGAAGUUCAAGCUUACCCUCUGGGACAUCUCUCUCUUCUGGACUGCUUUUAUCACAGGCAAAGUCUCUCGGUAAAGGUAGUGAACGUAGUCUAGAAAGUGUUCUGCAUGCAAGCAAACAGAAGGUCACUGCUAUUGAAAGCAUGCUUAGAGGUGUGGAUGUAUCUGAGAAGCAAAAUCCUUCAACUCUUCGAUCAUCUAGUUUGGAUCUAGGAGUUGACCCUCCAUCAUCUCGUGAUCCUCCAUUCCCUCUUGCUGUCCCUGCUUCAAAUAGUCUUGCAAACUCAUUAGCUGAAGAGUCGACCACUUCUCGUACUGCUAAAGUUGGCAACCGAAAUGGUGGUUUGGUUUUAUCUGAUAUCAUCACUCAAAUUCAAGCUUCCAAAGACUCGAGUAAAUUACCAUUUCGCAGUAGUGCUGCGAGUGAGCCAUUGUCAGCACUUUCAUCAUACUCGGCUAAAAGAGGGCCUGAAAGACUGCAAGAAAGAGGCUCCAUUGAAGAAAACACUGACAUUAAGGAUAAUAGGCGGUAUAUGAACCCUCACAUUGAGAGGCAAUACUUGGAUACUCCCUAUAAAGAUUCAACUUUUAGAGAUACUCAGAACAGCUACAUUCCAAAUUUUCAGAGGCCACUUUUGAGAAAGAAUGUAGCUGGAAGAAUGUCUGCUGGCAGGAGAAAGAGUUUUGAUGAUAGCCAGUUGUCACUUGGUGAUAUGCCAAGCUACGUGGAUGGUCCAGCGUCUCUCAAUGAUGCCUUGAGUGAGGGACUCAGUUCAGGUUCAGAUUGGUCUGCUAGGGUUGGUGCUUUUAAUUAUCUUCGAUCUUUACUGCAGCAAGGCCCAAAAGGAGUUCAAGAAGUUACUCAGAGUUUUGAGAAGGUUAUGAAGUUGUUUUUCCAGCAUUUGGAUGAUCCCCACCAUAAGGUUGCACAGGCAGCUCUAUCAACACUUGCGGACAUAAUUCCAUCCUGCCGAAAGCCAUUUGAAAGUUAUAUGGAAAGGAUCUUACCCCAUGUUUUCUCACGGUUAAUUGACCCGAAGGAAUUAGUCAGACAACCUUGCUCCACAACUUUAGAAAUUGUUAGCAAAACUUAUGGUAUAGAUUCCCUGUUACCUGCUUUGCUCCGUUCACUUGAUGAACAGCGGUCACCAAAGGCAAAAUUGGCUGUUAUUGAAUUUGCGAUUAGUUCCUUUAACAAGCAUGGUGUGAAUUCUGAAGGCUCUGGUAAUAGUGGCAUCUUAAAGUUAUGGCUUGCAAAGCUGACGCCAUUGGCCCAUGAUAAAAAUACGAAACUGAAAGAAGCAUCUAUUACAUGCUUUAUAUCUGUUUACUCUCACUUUGAUUCAACAGCUGUCCUGAGUUUUAUUCUUAGUUUAUCUGUUGAAGAACAAAAUUCUUUGAGACGGGCCCUUAAGCAGUACACUCCUCGUAUAGAAGUGGACCUAAUGAACUUUUUGCAGAACAAGAAAGAGCGACAGCGGUCAAAAUCUUCUUAUGAUCCAUCUGAUGUUGUUGGAACAUCCUCAGAAGAAGGAUACAUUGGAGUUUCAAAGAAAAGCCAUUUUUUUGCUAGGUAUUCUGCUGGUUCUGUUGAUGGAGAUGGUGGCAGGAAGUGGAGUUCUGUGCAAGAACCAAUGUUGAUCACUGGCAGUGCUGGCUAUACGACUUCUGGCGAAGUGCAGGAACAUUUGUAUGAGAAUGCUGAGAUAGGUUCUAGCACUGAGAUUCUUAGUUCCAAACUGAAGGAUCUGAAUCACUCAAAUAAAACCAUUGAUGAAAACAUGGGAUCCCUGACUGGUCUGGAAAAUGUGGACAGCAGUGUGAACUUGGAGAGUUUGCCUACUCCACAGCUGGACUUCAAUGGAUUGAUCAAUCAGGAUCACCGUGGUAUUGCUGGAGACCUUGGGUUUGAUAAUGAAGCUGCACCUGAAAUGGACCUUAAUCAUUUAAAACUUACGGCAGUGAAGGUCAAAUCCACUCCGGAGACUGGUCCUAGCAUUCCUCAAAUUCUUCACCUGAUUUGCAAUGACAAUGAUGAGAAUCCUACCAGAAGCAAGCGUAGUGCACUUCAGCAGUUAGUUGAAACUUCUGUUGCUAAUGAUCACUCAGUUUGGACCAAGUACUUCAAUCAGAUUUUGACAGUUGUACUUGAAGUAUUGGAUGAUUCAGAUUCUUCAAUACGGGAACUUGCUCUCUCUUUGAUAAUUGAAAUGCUUAAGAACCAGAAAGAUGCCAUGGACGAUUCUGUUGAGAUUGUGAUCGAAAAAUUGCUUCAUGUAACGAAGGAUAUUGUUCCCAAAGUUGCAAAUGAAGCAGAACACUGCUUGACUAUUGUGUUGUCUCAGUAUGAUCCUUUCAGAUGCUUGAGUGUUAUUGUCCCUUUAUUGGUGACUGAAGAUGAGAAGACUCUUGUUACUUGCAUAAACUGUUUAACAAAGCUUGUGGGUCGGCUUUCACAAGAGGUACUGAUGGCUCAGUUACCUUCUUUUCUGCCUGCUCUUUUUGAUGCGUUUGGAAAUCGGAGUGCAGAUGUACGCAAGACUGUUGUGUUCUGUCUGGUAGAUAUCUACAUCAUGCUUGGAAAAGCUUUUUUGCCAUAUUUGGAGGGACUAAACAGUACGCAGUUGCGGUUGGUGACAAUUUAUGCUAACCGGAUCUCGCAAGCUCGGACAGGUACCGCAAUGGAUGCCAACCAUGAGUAGUCAUUUCAACCAAAAUGUGGGCUUAUCUUGUUGGCUAUUGUCAUUUAUUGUUGUGUAUUUUGUAUAUUUUGUGAAAUGUGCAUUUCGGGGUGGGUUUUAUUUGUUCCUUCACUCUUGAUUUUAACUUUCCCUCUUCCACUUUUCUCAUUUGGGUUGCUUUUAAGGGGGCAUGGUGGGAAACAAAUAUGUGAAUUUGUAUUCAUUUCCAUGAUAAUGUCGGUGCUGUAUUGGGGAAGAAAAUCUGGUGGGAUAGGGAUUGUCAUUUGAAAUCCGUGGAGGUUCUUUGAUUUUCGGCGGUUAAUGUGAGUAGACGCAUUUGGAGAGGCAUGUUUGUUCCCUUUGUCCUUGUAUAUAGCUCAUUAGUUCAUUUGUGUUGGCAUGUAAAUUAUACAUUUUCCA